AUGGCCACGUCUCAGGGCUAUGGCUUCGACAUCGUCUCCCAGCCACGAUGCUGCAGGCGGUGGACGUUCUCGCCGGGAAGCAACCAUCCUCCGCCGUCGUCUCCACGGAUCACGUUGGUGAAAUGGACGCCGCCUCGUCCCGGAUGGGCAAAGCUGAACUUCGACGGCUCUGUGUUCCACGACGGCAGCGGACGCGCGAGCAUCGGCGGCGCCAUCCGCGAUGGCAACGGGCGCGUUCUCCUGGCCUUCGCCGAGCAGACGGCUCAUGCUCCCGUCGGCGUCGUCGAGGGCAGGGCGCUGAUCCGCGGGCUGCAACUCGCGCUGGACUUGGGAUGUCGCCGGCUGCUCGUCGAGGGCGACGACCUGACGCUGGUGCGGCUGCUGCGGUGCGAGUCCGCCCAGACGCGCAUCUCGCCGGAGAUGCUGGACAGGAUCAUCUGGCUCCUUGAUUCCUUCGACGUGUGCGAGGUACAGCACGUCUACCGGGAGGGCAACGCCGUGGCGGACGCGCUGUGCCACGAGGCGUACAAGACGGCCGAGGGCAGGGUCUGGACGGACAGGCUGGUGCCCUUCAAAGUGUGGGAGAAGCUCGAGGACGAUCGCCGCGGAGUGGUGCACGAGCGAGUCCGCAAGUGA